AUGGCUGUAGGCCUUCUCACGACAGACAGUUUACUGACUGGCUGGACACAUAUCUUAUCAGCAGCUGGGAAUACUCUCAGGACACUGGAACAUGAGUGGAUCACAAUCUUACACUGCAGGUCACUGAGCACUUCCACAUGGUGGCUGGCAAAGGACCAAGCUCAAGACACGCAACUCAUCACAGUUGAUGAAAAAUUGGAUAUCACUACAUUGAGUGGUGUUCCAGAAGAACAUAUCAAAACUAGGAAAGUUCAGAUUUUUGUUCCUGCUCGCAAUAACAUGCAGUCUGGUGUAAACAACACAAAGAAAUGGAAGAUUGAGUUUGAUACCAGAGAGAGAUGGGAAAACCCUUUGAUGGGUUGGGCAUCCACGGCAGAUCCUCUAUCAAAUUUGGUUCUAACCUUCAGUACUAAAGAAGAUGCAAUUGCAUUUGCAGAAAAAAAUGGCUGGAGUUAUGACAUUCAAGAAAGAAGGGUCCCCAAACCUAAAUCCAAGUCUUAUGGUGCAAACUUUUCUUGGAACAAAAGAACAAGAGUAUCCACCAAAUAGGUCGGCACUGACUAUAUCUCUGUGUCUGACUGCGAAUAAAGUCAGCUGUGAAGUAUUUAUAGUCCAUGUAUAAUACAUCUCUUAAUCUCCUAAUAAAUUUGACCUUUAAACUACA